AUGCCACCCACGAAAGGAGGAAAGAGGCCCAUUCCCCUCGGAGGAAAGGGAAAGGGCAAACGGCCCGUUGGACGAACCGCAGAGACGCCAGGCGGAAAGAAGAAAAGCGGCGCCCGCCGUGGAAAGAAGCAACAACGCUGGGAUCUGUACAUUCACCGCACUCUUCGGCAGGUGUACAAACGCGGCACUCUCUCAAAGGCGGCUGUGCGGGUACUGUCUUCCUUCAUUGAGGAUAUGUACAGCAAGAUUCAGACGGAGGCCGUACAUGUGGCUUGCAUUAACAACGUGAAGACACUCACUGCUCGAGAAAUUCAAACAUCCGCACGUCUUCUGCUGCCACCGGAGCUAGCCAAACACGCCAUGAGUGAGGGCACAAAGGCAGUCGCAAAGUACAAUGCUUCACGUGAAGGAGCGAAUGCAAAGAUAGUCUAG